CGCAUGCUCAAAAGCACUUACUUCUCACACUCAGAGCAACAGUUUGCCAGUUUUAAAGCGUCUUCUCCACGUUCAUUUCAUUUCAGAGCUCACAACGCGUCGUUGUCUAGGGCAUGAAUGAGGUUGGAAGGCCAUGCAUUAAGACAACCGACAGGGAGAUAUGCGUUGCCUCUACUCCUAAAAAUCGAGUAGCUCGGUGAAUUGCACAAAUCUGACGCUGGCAUUGCAAAUUAUUUUGUGAACGAAUAAGGGCUGUACUAUAAAUUCCUGAAGUGUUAUAAAAUAGCCAUCAGUUGCCUCGUCUCUUUGUGCAUAAAACAAAAUGGGGUGUUCCUCUUCCAGCUCUCAGACCGUAGCCCAAGAGAACCGACCGGGCACCAAACCUGAAGAAAGCAAUGGAGACACAACUUUCGUUGCCCAUAAUGGGAUCAUUGCAGAGGACACAGAGACCAUUGCAGAUCAGAUGCAGCUGCCGGUUCAGAGUGCGCUACCGGAUGAGUUGCUGCCUGGGGCCGUGGAGGAGCCAGUCGUCCAGGCCUGCGAAGCCACAGAGAGUCUGGAGGUGGAGGAGGCAGCCCCCGCCAAACCAGAGCCUGUGACUGCGCCUGAACCUCCUGUCGAACCGGUUGCCGAGGAAAGCGUUGAAACUGCAGCUCUGGCCACUGAGACUGUGGAGGCUGAGGUGGCUGUGGAGGCAGUCGAGGCAGUUGCCCCUGCUGAGGCCCCAGCUGUUGUGGAGGUAACAGAAUCGGAGGAGGCCGUGGCCACCGUCGAGGUUGCGGCUCCAGUAGAAGUUGCGGUGCCUGUAGAGGCUGCUGCACCUGUAGAGGCUGCCGCACCUUCAGAAACGGCAGUGCCAGCUGAGGAAGCUGCUCCAGCAGUCGCCGAAACGGCAGCCCCUGCUGAAGCUCCUGCCCCAGCCGAAACUACCCCUAUUGAGGCUGCUGCCCCUGUUGAGGCUGUUGAGGCUGUUGCGGCUGUUGCCCCUGCCGAAGUUGCCCCCGUUGAGGCCGUUGCCCCUGCUGAAGUUGCCCCCGUUGAGGCUGUUGCCCCUGCUGAAGUUGCUGCACCAGCUGAAUCGGCGGCAGCUGAGGUCCCAGCAGAGCCUGUAGCACCUGCUGAGCCAGUAGCCAUUGUGGAGCCAGUCGCGGCCGCUCCUGCCGCAGCCCCUGUUGAAGCAGCAGCCCCCGCAGAGCCCGAGCCCACCCCCGCCUCUGAACCCACCCCCGGACCCACAGCUGAACCAGCUCCAGUCACUGCUGCAGAGGAGACCAAAGAGCCAGAGCCAGCACCAGCACCCGAAGCCGCCGCCCCAGCUGAGGUGGCCCCUGUAGCAGAAGUCAGCCCCCCGGAGCCAGUUCCAGAGGCAGCCCUGCCAGCCCCCACAGCAGUGGAGCCUGUCGCUGCGGAAGCCGCUCCAGUUGCAGCGCCUGAGGGGGGAGUGGCAGAGACAGGAAGUGAGGUGGCCAAAGUGGAGGAGCCAGUAGAAAGCCCCAAGACUGAGGAGACCCCUGCUGCCAGUGCAGAGAACUAAAGGAGACUCGCCUACAGCAAACAUGGUUGACGUGUAGCCCAAA